AUGGCACUGGUUUUCAUGCUUAUCGCAGUUAUCCUAAAUAUUUCUUAUCGAAUUCUCCGCCGCGAAGAUCCAUGCCACGACGGCUUGGAUGACGAUUUCACUACCCUGACCCAAGUAUGUUUUUUCAUAGCCACACCACUCUCGCUUGAACGGCCGUGUUCCGGUUCUGGCGUGAUUAUUCAGGUUCCAUGGUCGAGCCAUCAUGAACCCCGGACAGGAAAGAAUAGCCGCUUGUACAACCCUCCCGGACUGACCUUGACCGACCCCUUUUUGUACCCCUGA